AUGGGCAAAUACAACCUCACAGCACUUCGUGUGCACCAAACUGCUCUGCAGCAACAUGCUGCUGGCAAGAUUCGCGCUCCUCCCAAGUGGAUCGACGUCGUGGCCGAUAUCCCCCCAGCUCAGGUCCUUGUGCGAAACCAGGCCGCUCAACAUCAGCUCGUCCGACAGCGCCUGAAGACGGUUCCCGGCGCUUCGAAGCCGCAGGUCGCCUUUGAAGUUCAAGAGAAGCGGAUCAAGUCGAAGAAGGCUAGCCGUAUGUUUUUACCGACAGAGAUCAAAUACGAAGAAGAUCAGCUGCGACGGGAGUUUUUCCGUGAUCAUCCGUGGGAACUUGCCAGACCCCGUGUUGUCGUCGAAAGUUCAGGCAGGGACUUUGAAAGAUAUGAUUGGAGCCGGCUCCAGCAGCCAGGAAAGAGAUUAGACGGUGAAAGCGUUGUUCAACGACAGCUCUGGCUACUCAACAAUGUUCCCGAUAUGACGAGGAGCGCUGCCUACGAUAUUGCGCGUCGCGAGUUCUACCGACUACGACUCCAGGAAGACAUCGAACGCCGAGUGGCCGCAGAAGAGGCGGAAGCAACUGGGGCAACAUUCGGACGGUCACUUCUGGAGGUUGGUAUGGAACUCGAGAACCAACAGUACGAACGUUGGAAGGAGUGGGCCAAAUCGGAAGCCCAAUUACAGGAUCAGAAAACAGCAGCCUUUGUUGGUGCUCCGGAGAUUGCUGCGCACGAUGAGGCUGUGGAGCCAAUUGAGGAGAAGUCUGCUCUGCCAUUAUAG